AUGGUCAGUGAUGACAGGGUGCACAUCCCCAUGAGGAGCAGGAGGAAUGGACUGCCCACUGCUUUAUCUACCUGGCUGCUUUCUGGAAUGUUCCAAUGCGAGCCCACAGGGGACGCGAGGGUGCUGCGAGAAACGCAGGCGCGCCGCCCGAAACCAGGCGACGUCGGGAGAGCGACGCCCAGAGCCGGCCUUUCCGAACCGGCCGCGGCCGCGGCGCCCCGACGUGCACCUGGGGACGCGGGCGCGGCAGGACAGAACCCGGGCACUGCUCGGUCCUACUCCCUGCGCUCGGGCGGGCGACGACUGCGCGGCGUCGCUCGCGGCCCGGGGAACAGAGGGGGCCGCCUCAGGCCGGUUCCAGUCCUCCGUGUCCCCACGCGCCCUGCCUCCCGAGGGUACCUGCGUAACUCGGCGCACACCAGCCCCACUACGUUUAAAAGUGUAUUUCUGGUGGUCACGGUGCACACCGAAAAGCUCGCUCCGCACCCCCAGGGCGCGCGAGGCUUCGGAGCCCGGAGACAGGCCCCUCCCAGCGCAGCUGUCGCCGCCGCCUGCGGGCUCCUUUCACUUUCUCACGGCCAAGUCACCCAGAGGGGCGCCGCUGCCGCCACCGCCGCUGCGCCCGAGGACUCCGCCCCGCGCCGCUUCGCUACCGGCCCCCCCGGCCCCCGCCCACCCCGCUAG